AUGGCACAGCAUCCAAUUACUGUGAGUUCUCCAGAGCUCACAUCAGAUGCCCAGAUCCACAUGAAUGAGUCCUUCUUGAAAUCACCAUCAACAGAUGUCCCAACCUACGUUUCUCUGCUUAUCUCCAUACUGGGAACAACUGGCAAUGGACUUGUCAUCUGGUACCUCAUUUUCCACUUCAAGAAGAACUCUUUUAUAGUCUACAUCCUCCACCUCUCAAUGGCUGACUUAACUUUCUUACUUUGUACUUCUACCAAUACUAUAAUUCACAUGGUUUAUUCCAAGAAUGAUUCAACCAGACUACAGUUAUUUGACUUCAUCUUCUGCGUGCUGAUUCUGUUUGGCUACAACACUGGCUUCUACCUCCUGACAGCAUCAGUCCUUUACCCCAUUUGGUACAAAUGCCAACGCCCAAAGCACCAAUCUGCUGUGGUUUGCACCUUGCUGUGGGCACUCUCCAUUUUUGUGACCUGGUUAGAAGGCUUUUUCUGUUUUCAGGGUACACAACCCAGAUUCCCCAUUAGACCAUGUGCUGUUGUGAAAGUAUUUUUACUUAUCUUGAACUUCUUUGUGUUUGCCCCUCUCAUGGUCUUCUCGAGCCUGACCCUCUUCAUCAAGGUCUUCUGUAACCCGAAGCACCACCGACCAGCCAAGCUUUACAUCAUCAUCAUAACCACGGUCAUUCUGUUCCUCCUCUUUGCUAUGCCUUUGAGAAUCUUGCUGAUGUUAUUUGACUUCCAGGCUGAAAACUAUGAAUUUCUAUCUAUAUCAUUUAUAUAUUUGAAUUUAUUAUCUUGUAUUAAUAGUACCAUCAACCCAAUUGUCUAUUUGGUGGUUGGUCAGUUGAGGGGACAAAGAUCCAAAAAGACCCUGAAAGUCACAUUGCAAAGGGUCUUUGAGGAUAGGGCAUGCUCCCAUGAGAGAGAGAAAAGAAGGCACUCUAAUUUCAGUGCCAUCCAAUGGGAGCACUGUUAA